AUGCUCUUCUAUUCUAAGCUUGCUCAACGAUUGUACUUCCUUUUCAUAAUCUACCACAUUAUUCUUUCCUUCAAGCCUACUUUUCAAUCAUUGUAUUACUAUGUUUUAACCUGUUGAUAGGAAUUUUUUCUCGUUUUUUUUAAUUAAUUCACCGUAUCUACCAUCAAUUAAACAUGGGUCGUAAUCAGAUUUAUUGUUGCAUUUGUGGCUCUCCAUUCCUAGAACCUGGUCAAAGUGACGAUGAACGUGGGGAAUGGCUCGCUCGUGCUGUUCUGGUCACUACUGCGCAUGAGACAGACCACGGAAUCGAAUUAGAUAUCUACUGGCCACAGGCACCCAGUGGAAGUUAUGCCCUAGACCUCGGUCCCAAUCCGCCCACAGAGCUUAAGAGGCGUGUUCUGCGGUUGGAUUCCGAGUAUUCUGAACAUAACCAAUUCAAAAUUUUAGAGUCGGGUGCGACCGUAUCGGCUUUUACUGUUGGCGCAGGCUCACCAACUUCCACUGUCACCUCUGGAGGAACCUUUUACCUUGCCGUUCACGGCGUGUGUAACCAGCUCGCUGAACAUUUUAUCGAUAGUAGGGCAGAAGCCCGCGACACAUUUCAGAUAGGCCCCCAAGAUAAGAUAUCUUCCAUCAAACAACUUUGGGAGGUAUUGUACCGCCGAAUGCCAGGGUCAACGCCUUUAAAUUCCGAGUACAUCCUACCAGAACCGCAUGCCUACUAUGGAGGCAGAUAUUGUCGGAAUGUGUAUUGGGAGCCGAGCGAUGACCUGGAGUACGGGGAGCUGCUAGAAGAAAACCCUUCGGAAAUACCAAAUCUCACCGAGUCCAUCCUCCAGAACCUACAGCCUGCAUCUUCGGAAGCACCCGGUGAUAAGCUGAAUAAAACUAAUUUCAAUCACCAAGAGUCGAACCCGAAAUCCGAAAUUGUUCACAACCAAGAUUGGUGGUACGAUGCCUUCAUCUCCAAGACGCUAUUCCCUUGGUUAUGGGACUUGGACGUUAAAUUGAUCCAGAAAAGGCGCCAAGAAGGCAAUUGGGACUGGAAGGCUCUCGGACGUCAGCUCUCUCGAGUUGAGAUUCAUACACCCAGCGAUGAAACUUUGAACCUUCCACUUGGGUUGCGAAAUCGCCGAAGGAUUUGGAGACUUCUUGAAGAUGCCAGGGUCGAUGAUAUCGCAAGUGAUGGGAGGCGAUACGAAUGAAAGAUCGUCGUCCAAUACUAUGGGAAUUUGACAUUAUGCGUGCUCCGUUGUCAAAAAAUCACACCUCUUCAAUUGAGUCACUUACAAUAAUCACCCAAUGGUAGAGUAAGAAUUCUAGGUUGAAGGAUUGGACUGUGUAACCAACCAAUUGACAGAUCCUCAUUCUUCUACCUAGGUAUGUAAGAUUGAAAUGAUACACUUUUGGGUCUCCCUAUUUAUAGAGUAUUCAGUUUCAAUGGUUACCUAGUUACAUACACGGUAAGUAGGAUGCAUAUAUCCUCUCUUCAAUUAGAAGCCCCUUAAUUAUGUGACGAACCUAUGCCUCAGAGAGGUAUAGUCGUUGCUGGAUUGGCUAAUCCGGGGUUUUCUUGAUUUGAAGGUAACAGUAUCAAUAGUAGGUUAAGUGGUUAAGUAUGUUCUGUUCGUCAGAGAGGCUUGGAGUCCUCUCACUAUACUCGAAAGAAUAGUCUUAGAUUGAUAACUAAAGAGCUA